AUGCAACAAUUCUCUAACUAAACAAUUAUUUCUGACUAAACUCAUAUUCAGCAAUCUAAUCGUUAUUUUUAAACAUCUGAUAAACAAGACUUAAACACAUUUCAGUAAUUAGACACUGGCUUCCCAUUCCAAAAUAUUUUUGAUCUCUCCAUAUUCGAGGCCAAUCAAUCUCAACAAGAAUAGCCAAACAAUUCAAUCAAAGAGAUGGUUAAUUCAAUGCUUGCUUCGAUCUCCAACAACGAGGAGAUCUUGGGAAUGACGUCUGCUAACAUAGAUGAUGAUCAAUUUGACGAUUAGUUGGAUGAUCUAGAAUUUAGGGAAUGUCUAUACGAACUAUAACAAAAGGCCCUUAAUCAAAAUUGUAUCUUACACCAAGAGAAUUACAAAACCCAAGUGGCAACUUUGUUGAUGUGGAAUUAAUUGUAUAAAAAUCCAAACAAAAAAGUUGGAGUUUUGACAACCACAAUUCAGAAAGCUGACAACUUAGCCAAAUAAAUCAAAACCCUGCUACCGAGAUUGGUUGAAACAUAUUUAGGUGAUUAAAGCAUUUUGAAAAAGGCACAAGAGUUUUGUGACAAUUUAUAAAUCAUACAUCCUAAUAAAUGUACAGAUUUGUGGAAUAAUUUAGUUUGGUAAGUAAUGUUGCAAGAAAACAAUAUAUAUGUAAUGACAAGUGAAAUUUUUGUGAACUCUUUAAGAAGAGGCUAUUGGAAUUUUACAGAUUUUAGUUUCAUUUAUUUGGAUGAUUGCUAAAGCACUAUUUUUGACAAUUCUUAUAACCAUCUCUUUAAAGAGUUCUAUUUUCCCUUAAAGUCAUCACUUCAGGUACCCAUUAUUGUUGGUGUGUAUAAUAAUUCUAUGUAUGCAAAUAAUAAAUUUAUAGCUGAUGAAUAAAUUCUAAAAGACCUAGUACAAUUAUGUGCUAAUAUGGAUGCCCGCUUUAUAAAUAUUAAUAUUGAGGCAGUUAAAUAGAGGAUCAAAGAAACUAAAAUAACCAUCUCUACAUAUAAAUCCUAAAUUGAUGAAUCUAAAAUUCAUAAAAUGCUUUAUAGCAAUAAUCAAUAUAGGAAGCUUAAUAGCUAUCUCCAUGAUAAGGAGAUGUCGAAUAACAUCUCGUACAUGUUAAAAGACUUUACAGAUGUUCUCUCAGAAUUUAAAUCUAAUCAUAAUUAAUCAGCCAAUAUUUCCGAGAAAAUAAUAGCCAACUACUUUGAAUAAGUAUUGCUAAAACAAGCUUGGGCCGUGUGUUUUGAACUAGGUUAAUAUCCAUUCAAUUUGAUACUAAAAUUUAUUAUUUAACAAUUUUAAUUAUACUUCAACACUAAACAGCUUUAAUGUACAGAAUUUAGUAUACACAACAAAUUGGAAUGGUUACUGACUGAGACCAGAUAACUAAAAAAUUAAAACACAUUAUCCCCUAAGAUUAAACUUCUUCAUAAUUUACUCACUUAGACUUAUGAAAAUCCAUAAAUUGCUAAUAAUCGUAUUCUUAUCUAUGUAAAACAUUAAAACUUGGCAUUCUAUCUCCUUAAAACAUUGUAAUAUAUCUCUUAAUCCAAAUCCUAAGGUUUAAAAAUUGGGAUGGUUGAGAAAAUCAAGGAGGAAUCCGAUUAAAAGAGAAUGUAAAUAGAUUUUACUUACAUUUAUUAAGAACUAUAUUAAAAUCUUUAAAGAUCUCAAAUUCAGUUCUCACUUUCGGAUUUAAAAAACGAAUUGGUUUAAUUAGAUUAGAUUUUUAAUUUAGAUUAAUUAAUAUAUGAAUCUAAAUAAAAUUGUGAGUUGGAUUAAUGUUAAGUAGUAAUUACAUCUUAAUUGGAUGUAAACUUUGCUUUCGAUUUCCAACAAUUAAUUUGCUUUAAUCCAUUACCUCAUACCAUUUAUGAUUAACUGAUGCGCCAGAUGAAGGAUAAACAGUUAUAAAUUAUCAUGAUGAGAGAAGAUGAGAACACAAAUAAAAAAUAAAAGAUUUAAUUCAACUAUUAAUCUAACUUUUACAAUCCUCAAAAAGUUGAAAAAAUUAUAGAUGAAUGUACAAUCCCCUAAAGAGAACAAAUUUUACAGAAGGCGAUCGAUAAUUUAUAAAACAAGGCUAUCCACAACAUGCAUUAUGAGUGUUAUACGAUACAAAAAAGCGGGGCUUUGCUGAAUACAAAUUGGGCUUGUAAUUUGAUUGAAUAUUUUAAUCUGUAAAUUAAUUUAGAAAAAAAAGGUACAAAAGUCUCCAAGUAUGCUAUUUAUUAGUUAAAAAAUGGAUAGCAAAAAUAAAGUGAUCAUUAUAUCGCCUUUUUGUUACUCCCAAAUUAAGUAUAGAAUACCAUUUUUUAUGGUAACAAAGCUUAAGGGGCUAAAGAAGCAAAAGCAUCAGUGGCUUUUUAGGCUGCCAUUCAAUUAUAUUAAAAAGGAUAUUUUGAUUGUCAUCUCAAUUCCUAUAUCUAGAAUAAUAUAGGAUAAAAUAUUGGAGCUCAUCAGGUGGAUCCUUCAGUAAUCAUGACAAAAGAGUAAUUAAACAUCCAAUCCAAAUACUGUUUAAUUAUUAGAUAAAAGUACAUCUCUAUUUUAAGAGGUAUGGUUAAAGAAAGAAAAUACUAUCACACAUGUUAAAAGUCAUUGCUUGUUAAUGAGAAGCAAGAAUCAAUUUUUAUUAAACAAAAAUGCAAAUUUUAGAAGGAAAGCAUACAACUAAUAUAUCCUAAAUAAUUUCAAGAAAAAUUGAAAUAAUGUUAGACAUUCUUAAAAAUGCUUGAUAUCAGUUUACUGGAAGAACAGACAAUAUCCUAAGAUGAAUAUUUGGAAUUAUAUAAAAAGUAUAUCGAAUCAAUUAUAUAUGAAGAGGAUUUAAUAUCAACGUAAAACGAUCAUUUUACUAGAGCACGCUCAGAAAUCAAAUUCAAGAUACAAUUUAAGAUUGUAGAUUAUGGUUUAAUUAUAAUAAGUGAUCAAUCUAAAUAUUAAUUAAUAAAGAAAAACUUCAUAGUUAAUUAAUUCCUUUUGGCUUUGAAAUCGAAUUUAUUUAAAAAACUUAUCGAACCAAAAUUAAAGAUUAUGUAAGAUUUAGAAGAAGCAAAUUAAUACAAUGUCACUCCCAAUUAUAUAUUAAACAAUUUAAAUCAAUUUUACAAUCACAUAACUCCUAUACUAUUAAAUGUAAAAGUCUAAAAUUAAGAACCAAAACUCAUUUUAAGGAAAAAACGAUAAGAGAAAAUGGCAAAUACUGGAUUAGUAGUGUAAAACUUAGACUAAGUAAUCUUGAACUCAUUAAAUGUAUCUGCCUAUAAAUUAGAAGAUUUAAUGUUAGGUUCAUCCUACUAUAAAUUUUUAAUUACAAUUUAAUUGUUGUUAAACUAUCCUACAUUAGAUUCUAAGAUCUUAGAGCAAACUAUUAAACACUUCAGUAGUAUUACAUAUAUUAGAAAUUGUUUAAUGGAGUCGUACAUAUUUUUAUACUUACAAAUUUACGAUGAGAGUGAUAUUUCUAAGGCUUUGAUUGGAUUUGAAAGGUUUGAUAUUAAUUAUGAUGUUUUAUUGUCAUAAUAAUCAGGAGAUUUCACUGAAUCUCCAUUUAACUAAAAAGAUAUAAUGAAGAUAUCAGAUAUAGAUUUCAAACAAUUUUUAUAACAAUCCUUAUAAAUUAUUGAAAAAGAAGAUUAUUAAUAAACCAAAGGCUUUGAUUGGCUAAGGAUUCUUAAUAUAACUAAAAAGUUAGAAAAGUAGAUAUCAUCAUAAAAGGAUCUGAAGUAGCUCUGUCCUUAGCAUAUUUGGGACAAUUAGAAUGUUGGUUAGUUAAAAUCUAUUUACCAAAAGUUCGAGGAAAUAAUAAAAUAUCAGUUUAAUAGUUUUGAAUUGUUAUUUUAGGCUUUGACUGAUGUUAGUUUCAAGAUGAUUAUAAAUAAUGAAGUUUAGUAAUAGUACAUGGAGAAGUUUUAAUCAAAAGAUGAAUUUUAAGGAUGGAUAUCUGAAUCAGAACUGCAAGAGUAUAUCAAAUAAAUUGAUUAGAUGAACAGCAUCGCUCAAAGUAGCUAUUAGAAUUCUGACUUAGCAAUUCUUGGAAAAUCAUUAUGGGAUUAUGCAUUAAUGAAAAUCCUAAAUGAGAUGAGUUUGGACAAUGCAAGUCUAGUGACUCUAUACAAAAUUCUUAAGGGGAUCUCAUUUUUAACUUAUGCAGCCAUAAAAUUAAAAAUUCACUAAUAUUUAAACAGCAGUUUCUAGAAAUAAUUGCAAAGUUUCGUAGAUUUAUAUGAAAAGACCAAAGAUUAAUCGAUUACUUUUCAUAUUAGUUCUAUACCUUAUAAUGAGAAUUCUAUUAUGUUAAGGAAUGCAUUUCUGGCUUUGGUUGGAGCAAUUUACAUUGAUAGUGACUUUGAAUUGGCAGUAGUUCUUGAGUGGAUUAAAUCAUUAUUUACUUAGAUAAAUGUGGAUGAAUUGUAUUAACCAGAGUUUUUACAAAGUAGAUAAAGAUAUCAAUUUUAUUAAUGGUAUCAAAAACAUUUUGGAAAUCCAUUCAACUUUGAUUUGAUCAAGAUCCCCCAUUAGGAUCAAAAGAAAAUUGGUUAAGGAAUGUUCUUAUACAUGCCCUAUGAUUAGAAGGAAGGUUAGAUAGUGAAUAUAAAAGGAGAGAAGUUUUAUUAGAUAGCUUAAUUACACAUUUAUGCAAAAUGCAAGAGUCAGGCGUGGGAUAAGUUAUAUGAAUUAAUUGAGCAUUGA